AUGGUGUUUAUGGACAAGAUGACAAGUACCACUGCCUUCAAGUACCAUAGUAAAUGUGCAAAGAUUGGCAUUACCCACUUGGCCUUUGUUGAUGAUGUGCUUUUGUUUAGUAGAGGGGAAACUCAAUCUGUGCAGAUCAUGAUGAAUACUUUUCAGCAAUUCUCAGACUCUACCGGCCUCAGUGUGAAUCCACAGAAGUGCCAAAUUUUUUAUAGCGGCAUGGAGGAAGAGACCAUUAACAAAGUCCAUGAGAUGACUGGUUAUGGGAGAGGAACCCUCCCAGUCAGAUACCUUGGAGUUCCUCUUGCUAGCAAAAGAGUGAGUACUAAUCACUACUUGCCACUGAUUGAAAGAAUACUAAGUAGAAUAAGGCAUUGGUCCUCGAAUUUACUAAGUAUUGCUGGCAGAAUUCUUCUGGUAAAGAGCAUUUUCCUGGCCAUCACCCAAUAUUGGAUGAUGUGUUUUCCCAUACCCAAGACUGUUAUUCACAAAAUAGAAGCUAUAUGUCGUGCUUUUGUCUGGACAGGUACUGAUAAAAGUAGAAAAAGUCCCAUUGCCUGGACCAGAGUCUGCAGUUCUAUAAAGAAUGGUGGCAUGAACCUCAUACAUAUGGAGACUUGGAAUAGAGUAGCUAUGUUAAGGUGCCUCUGGAGCCUCAGUUUGAAGGUAGACAGCCUUUGGGUGAAAUGGGUACAUGCAUACUACAUUAAACACGACUCUGUCUGGAAUAUAAAUCUGCCGCAAAAUGUUACUUGGAUCCUUAAAGAUAUAAUGGCCAGGAGGGAGGAUGUUUCACAACACAUGCAAUUCUGGGAAGAUAUGCAGCGCAGAGGAAAGUUUGCGAUGAAGAAACUCUAUGAUCAAUUGACCAAGGAUGACACAAUUGUGCAAUGGAGUCAUGUUAUCCAGCAUAAUGGCGCGCGUCCCAGGGCAAUAGUCUGUUUAUGGUUAGUCUGCCAUAAUAGGCUGGCUACGAAAAGUAGAUUGAAAAGAUUGGGUUUGCUGCAGGAGGAGACGUGUAGCCUUUGUAUGGAGCAACCGGAGGACAUAAAUCAUUUGAUUAUUGAUUGCAAGGUUACUAGGCAUAUAUGGCUGGAAGUGUUGCAAUGGCUUGAGCUACAUCACCACCCAGUUCAAUGGCAAGAGGAGAUCGCAUGGAUCAUUCACCAUACCAAAGGCAAGAGUUUCCAAUCAUAUAUGCUAAAAAUUGCCAUUGCCGAAACUGUUUACGGAAUAUGGAAGUAUCGCAAUGAGAGGAUAUUUGGUACUAAUGUGAAUGUAGAUACAAACCCAGUUGUGUCCAAUAUUAUUGAUUCUAUAGUGGUUAGAGGUUGGAUUAAAGUCAAACAUAGGAAAAGUAUAGCUUUGCUCAUGAUGUAA